AUGAGUUCAUGGGCUUCUCGCCAGUACUUUGACGGUGUUUAUAUUCCUGCUGGCCUGCUAGUUGUUGGCACUGCGAUCAUGAAGUUCGACUGGAUUAUCUACGCGACGGCGUUGGCUGUCAUCCUCGGCGCAUAUAAGAUCUUCAGCAACAGACAACGAAAGGUUCUCAAGGCCGGCGAAUUCCAAAAGUUCGUGCUCAAGGAGAAGACGAUUGUCUCACACAAUGUCGCCAUUUAUCGCUUUGCCCUCCCACGCCCUACCGACAUCCUCGGCUUGCCAAUUGGCCAGCACAUCUCCCUUGCCGCUCUUGUCGAAGGCCAGGCAAAGGAGAUCGUUCGAUCGUACACUCCAAUUUCUUCGGACGACAAUCCUGGAUAUUUUGAUCUACUUAUCAAGUCGUACCCCCAGGGUAACAUCUCCAAGCACCUGACGACUCUGAAAAUCGGCGACUCUAUGAAAGUCCGCGGUCCAAAGGGUGCUAUGGUCUACACUCCAAACAUGGCCCGACAUAUUGGUAUGAUUGCCGGUGGUACGGGUAUCACGCCGAUGCUUCAAGUUAUCAAGGCAAUCAUCAAGGGUAGACCAAGCAACGGAGGAAACGACACUACUCAAGUCGACCUCAUCUUCGCCAACGUCAAUGUGGAAGACAUCCUCUUGAAGGAAGAGCUUGAUGAGCUAGCCGAAACCGACAAGGGCUUCCGUGUUCACUACGUUUUGAACAACCCGCCAGAGACGUGGCAAGGUGGCGUUGGCUUUGUUACUCCAAACAUGAUCAAGGCCCACCUCCCUGCCCCUGCAGAUGAUAUCAAGAUCAUGAUCUGCGGACCCCCGCCCAUGGUCAGCGCCAUGAAGAAAGCCACGGAGUCCUUGGGCUACAAGAAGGCCAACCUCGUCAGCAAGCUAGAGGAUCAAGUUUUCUGCUUCUAG